AUGGCUCGUGACGUCAUAGUCUCAACACUUCAAAAUAACACAUUGGGAAUAUUCGUUUCGGAGUCUUUGACCGAGUCAGAUUCUUCUGUAGAAUCAUCGGUUUAUUCGACAGCCAAUUCGGGGCUAUCGCGCGAUUCGAACGCUGAAGUUUUUGCGCCGUUUGACGACAGUGUUGAGCCACUUGCGUCACCCGAGGAAGUAGCUGAAUAUGAAGAAGCCGUGGCCGUCGAACAGCAAUUGGAAAAUACGUUGCAAAUACGUUUUGAGGCACAAGUUGACGUGACUUCUUGGUGUGAAUGUGGCAAUUGUUCCCUCGACAUGAUUGUGAAACCUGAAGAGUGUCGCUGUUGUAUGGAGAUAAGUCAGUGCAGGGAUAAGAUGUAUGAACAUGAAGACGAAGGCCAUCAAAAAUGCAUUGUUGAUCACCCGGGUUUUAACGACGUGUGUCUAAAUGAAUGGGUUUUGGAAAUUGCGUCGUUGGGAUUAAAGACAAAAGGGCACAGGAAUUAUAAUUCUGUGUUUCGAGAAGGUCAAAAGACAAGAGCGGAGUUCUUACGAGCGGUGUCAUACAGGCAACUGGUGCGUUUGGUGUGGGAUUUCACUGGCAGCUCCCGACACAUCCCACUACCGUGUUGCUGCUACAAAAGGAUACGCUCGACAUUUCCCAACACAGAUGACCGCGACUACACUGGCUUUGAAGAUGACGAAGACAUAUAA